CUAUAUAAGGGAGAUAGGACGAUGAUGAAACUAAGUGAAGUACGUACCUCAAAUAAAAUAAAAAAGAUGGAGAAACCAGCCUCUGAUCAUGUGAUUCUGUUCAUGGAUGAAGAAGAUCACAAGAACAAUAAUUCACAACCUAGGAGCACCAAUGAUGCUAAUUACAUGGCAGAAACAAAACUUACCCGAAUUCCUACAAAAUUUCAAACUCUACGUCGCCUCACUUUCUCAAAACCCAAAGCUCGAGUCUUUGAGUUCAAUAGUGUUCCAAUGAAGCAAAAAUCUUUCAACUUAGACGACGAAUUCGAGUCCUUCAAGCCCUGUGAAAAGGAUGGAGAUAGUGAUGAAGAACAUGAAAAUGACGAAGGAAUUGGGAUUACUAAAGAAAAGUGUAGAAAGAAGACGACAAAAAUCCCUUUUGGACUUUUGUUUGAGUGGUGCUUUUUUUUAAUCACAACCUCUUGUUUAAUAUGUGCUCUCACAAUUUCACCUCUUAGGAACAAUCCCUUAUGGGGUCUUGACUUGUGGAAAUGGUGCUUAGUGAUCCUUGUCAUAUUCAGUGGUCGCCUUGUUUCAAGUUGCGUAAUUAGAUUCCUCGUUUUUCUCAUCGAGAGAAACUUCAUGCUUCGUGAAAAGGUCUUAUAUUUUGUCUAUGGUCUUAGAAAGAGCUUCCAAAAUUGUGUUUGGUUAGGUCUUGUCCUUUUAGCUUUGACUUUCAUGUUCAACACAAAACUCAACAAACAAAACAAGAUGUUAACAAAAUUACGUGAAGCUUUAGUGGCCUUACUUAUUGGUGCAACAAUUUGGCCCGUUAAGAUCAUUUUGGUCAAAGUUUUAGCCUCGUCGUUUUUUGUUGCAACUUACUUUGAUCGUAUGAAGGAAAGUGUUUUUCAUCACUAUGUCCUGGACACACUUUCUCGUCCUCCAGUUGAUGAAAAAGUGGUAGAAGUGAAAGAACCGAGGAAAUUAUCGAAGCUAAAGAAGCUGAGUAUGCAAAGAAAGUCAUCUGCAUGGAGUGUGAAGAGAUUGGCUAAUUAUGUAAGGUUCUUUGGUUUGUCAACUAUUUCUAAGAGUGUAGAUGAAUUCGGAAACACUGAAUCUGAGAUUACAAGUGAAUUGGAGGCUAGAAAUUGUGCCAAAAAGAUCUUCAAGAACGUUGCCAAUCCUGGUGCCAAGUACAUAGAGGAGGAAGAUUUAAUGAGGUUCCUGAAUAGAGUAGAGAUACACACCAUUUUCCCACUUUUUGAAGGAGCUCUUGAGACUGGAAGGAUCACCAAAUCUGCCUUCAGAAAUUGGGUGGUACGAGCAUACUAUGAGAGGAAGUACUUGGCACAUUCAUUAAAUGAUACAAAGACGGCGGUGCAACAGCUUCACAAGUUAGCAAGUGGGAUAGUGGGUUUUAUAAUACUUGUGAUUUCACUCUUAGUGAUGGGACUUUUGUCCACACAAAUCCUUGCUCUCCUUCUUUCACAACUUGUACUUCUCGGAUUUGCCUUCCAAAACACUUGCAAGACUAUCUUCGAAUCUAUUAUCUUCGUCUUUGUUGUCCAUCCUUUUGACAUUGGUGAUCGUUGUGUUAUCGAUGGAGUUCAGCUGAUAGUGGAAGAGAUGAAUAUAUUGACCACAGUUUUCCUUCGUUACGACAACGAGAAAAUCUACUACCCCAAUGCAGUGUUGAUCACAAAGCCAAUUAGCAACUUCUACAGAAGCCCUGAAAUGUGCGACUCCAUUUCUUUUGAUAUUGAUACCAACACUUCUAUGGACACCAUCAUUAACCUCAAAAAGGCCAUUCAAAUGUACAUAGAGAGCAAGCCAAAGUAUUGGAAUCCAAAACACUCAGUGAUAGUGAAAGGAAUAGAGAAUGUGCACACAAUGGGAAUGGCUCUAUGUGUUCAGCAUACCAUUAACCAUCAGAAUUACGGGGAUAGAAGCAACAGGAUCACAGAGCUCAUCCUUGAGUUGAAGAAGAUCUUUGAGAGCCUUAACAUCAAGUACUCUCUUCUCCCUCAACAACUCCAUCUUCCCCAAGUGAACAUGACCAAUUUCAGAAAUGUGCCAUUGCACGCUUGAUCUUAUUUGCUUUGAUCUAUAGCAAGAAUUUGAUAAGCAACUAGAUGAUGGAAGCUAAUUAAUUAAGACAUAUUUGUAAAGUGCAACAAUAUAAUGACUGCUUUCUGCAUGAUAAAACAUGUUAUUUGUAGUGUGUUUGUUUAAUUUUCCUUGUCAAAUCCAUUUCAAUAUUGUUGUA